CACUAUCAAACACCAAAUUAACCUCCACAAUUCACCACUUUCUCCUAUAAUUUUUACACUCUCUUCCACUAUACUCUCAACCUUCUUCCACAUAAUUUUCAUGGAUCCGUUCAACAACCCGGAUACUCCCAACACUCCUUCGAACAACCCGAAUACUCCCAACAAUCCGACCCAACCAAAUGUUUUUUCGGUUCCGGGAUAUUAUCCAACGCUAGAACCGAACCAAUUCUCCCAAUUUUCAUCGAACGCGUUUGCUUCAUUCCAACAAUCGCCCAACCAAUUCACUCAAGUCUCCCAAAAUCAAGCUCUUCAACAAAUGAUGAUGCGGGGUGCUUGGAACUUUCCACCCGUUCAACCUCAACCGAUCCCCACACCCCCCGUUCAACCCCAACCGAUCCCCACACCCCCCGUUCAAUCCGAACCCGAAGACGAUGUGGAGAUUGUGCCCGAAACCCAACCGCCUAAAGGGAAAGAAAAACGAAACAAAGGGAAACAAGUAGCGGGUGAUCAAGCGUCGAAACCGAAGGCGAUUAAAUGGACCCCAAUCGAAGAAGAAGCCUUAGCCAAGGCUUUCAUUGGCACUUCCGACAACCCGGUAAAAGGUAAUAACCAACCGGGUGACGGGUUUUGGUCCGAUUGUCGAAUGAGCGGGCCGUCGAAGAAAAAAGUCGUGCAUCGGACGAGAAGUUAAAAGAAAAGGUCCGAUUGUCGAAUGAGAAAAUCCGAAUCUCCGAUGAAAAAAUUCGGCUUAAGGAAUGGGAAAUAAUGAUGAUGAAUGUCGAGAACGAACCCGAGCCGAAACGUUCGAUGUUGAAAAAACUACAACACGACAUCAUGAA